CGUGUGAAGACCGGUGCCGUUGUCGCCUCAGCCACCGGACCGCCCCAGUUUAAUAGUUUAAUAGUAAUAGCUCAAUUAAAAAGAGAGAAGACAUUUAACCGUUUUACUGGUUAUGACGCCGACUCCAGUUGUUCGGAAGACCUAACAAAAAAUUCGCUACCCAUAUUAAGUCAUCCGGAUUCGAUGGAGCUACUCUCUAGACCCAUUUGGGAUUUUCUAAAAGCAGGCCUUUCUUAUGUUGUAUUUUUUUUAAAUAAAAUGCCAAUUUGUUGUCCACCUACGGCACGUUACAAAUCCCACUAUGCUCCGGUGUCCCGGGUGUUCCAGCCGCUGGAAGAGCGCGGAAAAAAUUAUGCCCCACCGUCGGAUGUACGCCCGCUGGCCUGUGGCCGGUGGGGGGUAAUGGGAAAUCCGCUACCACCGCCUAUCGAUCCCACUGUUGACUGGCGUUCCGUCUCUUUGGUGGUUGCACGUCCACCUGAACCCUGGUGACGCUCCUUGCAUUGGCCUUUGUACACCGGCAUAUCGGCAUGCGAAACGGAUGUAGAAAGUCACCCCGUACACCUCGUCAGUUUGCAACCAAAAAACCAACACACACACACACACACACACACACCCUGAGAUCCCCUUCCAUCUGGACGGUGGAGAUCCCCAAAUCGGACCUGGGUACUGCUGGCGGUUGGUUGCGGAUUGCUCUUUGCCAUGGUACGGAAUGGAUGUUCGGCCGUGGCAGACAUUGUGCAAACGACCGCAGAAGCGUGCGGAUCGCGAUCUCGACAUCGAUCGGGUUUUACCUCUGUUUAGCGCCACAUUUGUAACGCAAUUGGAUAAUAGUCACCGUUAGCGAUCCUUGGUCGACGGUGUUCCAGGCCACAGUCCGUAUGCCAUGGCGUACAGUUUGCGAUCUUCGUCGUGUUAGAUAAUGCCAUUUACGCGUCGCCUCAGUGUCUGCCGGUGAAGUGGUUGAAAGUGAAACUUAUUCAAAGAAAACGGAAAACGUGACGCAACGUGACCGUUGAGUGUGGGGCACGUAUCGAAGAAGAGAGUGUGAUCGGUUUGUGGUCCCGACGAAAAGAACAGCAGACCUUCCCAAUUUGGGCGUUCCAGUGAAUCCCGAGUUCCCGCACCAAAUCCGGCCCCUUGAGAUGGGAUAUCCCGGGCUGAUGCGUCUUCUGCUGGUGGUGGUGAUCGUAGGCGUGACCGUUAGUGAAGUCGGCGGAAUCUAUGUGGUCGAGAGUGGUGGCAAGAAAUCGUUCGUCCGGCUUGGGGCCCACCACUGGACGGAUGGGUCGGAGGACGACGGGUUGUGGUCGAGCCUGCUGGAGGAGUACACCGUCGGCUUGAACCAGAGUGCCACGAGUGCACCGAGGGAAAGUCGGGUAAUGCAAGCGACCGUCGUGGCGGCGCCGGCACCAAAGUACAUUCCAACCUCCAGUUUCUACAUCAACAAACGCAUCGGCGAAGCGCUCGAGCUCGACCCGCAACACCCGCAGCAGCAGCAUCACGCGCACCGUGGGCCAGCAUCACCACCGGUAGGGAAAGUGAUCGCCAGUACCGGUGCCGGUGGGCUGUUCGGUGACAAUCAUCUGAACGGUGCGAAUCAUGGUGCCACAUUCACGCCCAUGCGCCAAACGUUCGGUGGUGCCAGUCCGACCGAGCUGCUCGCCUCUCCGCGCGAAGUGUCCGAAACGGAUCUGUAUCUGCUGGGUGCGAUCGAGAAGCUGGUGUAUCGGGUGGAUUACAUGGAGAAUCGGUUACGCCGGGCGGAGCAGAUCAUCUACUUCCUGAUGGCAGGCAACAGCCAAAAGCAGGAACCGUGUCCACAGAACUUUACGCAGGUGCACGAUCGUUGCUAUCACUUCGAUAUUGAGCGCGGGCUGAACUGGAAGUCUGCCAGCACGAUGUGCAAAUCGUACGGUGCCCAUCUGGCAGAGUUUGAAACGGUGGCCGAGUUCCAGGAUGUGGUUGCGUACAUACUAAACAAUCCGGUUAACCGCGGCAAGGACUUUUGGCUCGGUGGACUCAAUCCCGGACUGCUCUGGAUCUGGGCGAAUUCGGCCAAACCGGUUAAUCCCAACACAAACUUAAGCUCCAUCACAACGGCGUCCAAACCGGGCAAGGGCACGUCGACCGGCAGUGCCUCACCAACGAAGGCAACGAAGCUGAGCAAUGGUACGGAUGCUUCCGGAGAUACUAAGAUUGUUAACAAUCCGACCAACAGCAAGCAACCGACGCUGGAGAUUACGGGCAGUGGACGCUGUCUACGGUUAAGUUACAAUUCUGCGCUGUACACGUACGGGUAUCGGGGCGAGGACUGUUCGGCACAGUUUAGUUACGUGUGCGAACUGAAGGACAAGUCGCUGGACAAUGAAAUCUCAAGGAUAGCGAAGCAGUUGCAGCUGGCGGAUGAUGUUUCUUAGGUGCGAUUUGUACAACCGUUUAUUUAUUACGUUGUGAGUACGUCGACGCGUUAAUUUAUGAAGUACCGAAAUAAGUGAUAUAGAAGAUAAUAAAGCACUGUUUGAUAGAUGAAAACCCUUUCGAGAGGAUUAUGUGGAGUUAUCAAGAUCUAGGUCAAGGACUCCGAAAGGAUUGCCGUCAUCAUGAAGGAGUUGUUGGGUGUGAAAAUGUGCGGAAUAGAGUCUUGCUUACCUGCGGAAUGUAACUGAGUCCUACGACAUCUGAGAAACGGCUA